AGUCUCGCUCUGGCAAGCUCGUUUCACACACACCCAUAUAAUAUAUCCUUUGUAAAAAAUCAUGAAUUUGUAAUUUUUUUUUAUUUAAUUUUUUGUAUAAAUUUGCUUUUUGACUAUGUUACUAUAUAUUUCAUCCGUUUCCAUUAUUUUAUCGUCGUUUCAUCUCUUAAAGUUCUACGUUUAUUAAAGUUUUGAAAAUCGUUCGUUGCGUGGUUCACAAGUAGAUACGAUUUUCAAGCAAAAAAAAAUAUUAUAUCAUUGCAUAGGAGUUUCGUUCGGUGCGAAAUUGAUUUCGAUGUUUGUAUAUAAAAAAGUGAUUCUCAAAUGGCAUGGAUGACAAAUACGUCAUGUUUGCAAAAUUGUAUUCGCCCGUUUCGUGAAAUUAUUUCAAAAACGAAAUGGAAGCUGCCGGAACAGAAAUUACUAGUAAUGAUGAUGAUGAAGAAACAGAUUCUAAUUAUAUUUGAAGUGCGUUAAUCAGCGUAUAUCGCUGAGCAACUUUCGUUUAUUCGCGAAAAAAUUUCGUUAUCGCGAAUAAAAAUACUUUUUUUUAAAGCUAUAUCCAGUGUUGAAAAAUUUUUACUCUAGUUCAUGUGUUCAUUAAUUCGUAAUUAUUGCAAUUAAAAAUUCAGUGGCCUACUUAACGUAUAUUUUUUUAAAUAUUUUAAGUCGUUUUUAUUUGUGAUCAAUCAUGGUAGAUGUCGGAGGUUACGUUAUCAUUUUACUCAAGACAAAGGAUAGGAAAAUCAAGUUGUAUGGUUCCUUUGCUGAUAAGGAAGAUUUAAAAAUCGACGAUGAGAUUCUAGACGUAAACGGACAUACCUUAUCAGAUGCCACCAGGAGUCAAGCUAUCGCUCACAUAAAUCAAUGCAUUAAAUCUCGAGUCAUCUGUCUCCGGUGCAGGCAUACACCACAGAGACCGGAGAUAGAUUUGAACAACGUCCAAGAUGCCUUCGUUAUUGCUGUCGAACCACAAGCUCGAGAGCGUCUGGAGAGGCUGGCCACCUUAUACAAAAUUCAACCGGUGGAUAUGGCCAAACUAUGUCAGCAGCUUAACAGACCAACAUCUUUCGCCAGUUCUUCCGCUUCGGAUUUAAACGGAUUCGUAGACAAUCGACAGCAACCAUCAAUAUACGCAGCCUCGUUAAUCCACACAGAUUCGGAAAAAGAUACCACCGAUCCGGAUAGCAGCAGAUCAUCGCAUAAUCAAUCAGUACCUCUGAAAUUCGGCGACACUAGUAGUGGUGGCUCGACAUCGUAUUCGCGUCCGAAAUCGGCUACCGCAGAGCUUUCGUCUUCGAGUAAAGUUGCCAGUGAAUCGAAACCGAGUGAAGUGAAAAGCAGCGAUUCUCUCGUGAAAUCUGAGCCGUUCGCGAGAAAUUUUUCGUUUGAUAAUCAGGAAAUCGAAUCGUUGAAAAAUCGUCGUGUAUCGUUAUGUGUGCCGGGUAGUGCGGAUAGUGAUAGCCAUUUGCAGGAGACUCGACGAGCUAGUUCGCCUUUUACGAACGGAGGUACUGAAUUGCUGAUUGGUCCGCCGAAUGACGAACACCGAUUAAAAACCACUGCCAUAAUUGAAGAUUCUAGGAGGAGUAGUAAAGAUUUCAAUAAUAAGGAUCGAAAGGGUGAUUCGUUCGUAAAAGUAGGUUCGAGAGAGAUCGAAGAUACCGACGAGAAAAAAAUAUUAUCAAAGGAUCAGUACGACAGAAUGAUGAUGGUGAUGGCGGCAGUGGAUAAUGGGCCACAUCGAGAAUUAUCAGUCGAUAUGGAUAAUGGGCCCCAUAGAGAAUUGCCAGUCGAUGUGCCAGAUAGUUUUAUCGCUCGCAAUAAAACGCCACCUCGUUAUCCACCUCCUAAACCUAAACAGGCUCAAAUAACCAUGAACGGAUCUGCUCAAAAAACCGCUUCGAUACAUCGUGAUAAUCACAUCAGCAUGCCACCGAUACCAAUAUCGCCACCAAAAAUCGUACCCACCACUGUGAAUAAUAAUAAUAUCUCGUUAAUCUCUAAGGAACACACCGAAGAGCAGCUAAACAAUAUUAAAAAAUAUCAGGAUGCUUUACGUAAACGGAAAGAAGAAGAGGAAAGACUUGCUCAAGAGGCUGAAUUUUUAAACCGUUCGCUGAGAGGCUCGAAAAAGCUUCAAGCUUUGGAAAGCACACCAUCGGAAAAAUCUGUAACACCGACUGGUAUCGUUAAUGAUGCUUACGCGGACGACGAAAGUUUAUCUUCACAUCAUACCGAAGCCGAACAAGUCUUCCAUGAAGAAAUUCACAAAAUAUUAAAUUAUGGAGAACUAUUCGCCUCAUUGCAAAGACUUCAGUUACAAUUGAAAAAGGCUGGAAUAAACGGCAAAACUUUGGAACCGGUUCACAGCCUGUUACAAAGGCACAGUUUCCAUAGAGCUUUAUCGAUACAUAACAAAGUGCAACAAGUAUGGUCGCCGUCGAAGCUUAAAAAGCCAGUUACAUCGGAUGCUAAAUCUUUGAUAACAGACUGUCUAAAAGACUUACAAGGUAGUUCCUUACCUGAAGCUUCAAAAUUGACUGAAUUUUUGGCUCGAAAUGAGGUCGAAGAGUUGCUAGAAGCUCACGACGUUAUAGUGCGAAAUUUCUUCCCCGAGACAGAGGCGGAUGUAGUGAUACAAGACGAAUCGAUUUAUAAAUCGAAUAUAAAUCAGGAUCCGAAUGUAAAAAUUAUAAGGAUCGAAAAAACAAACGAGCCUUUGGGCGCUACGGUGAGAAACGAAGGCGAUACUGUGAUAAUCGGUCGAGUGGUAAAAGGCGGAACAGCCGAGAAAUGUGGAUUGUUACACGAGGGAGAUGAAAUUUUGGAAGUUAACGGCGUAGAAAUGCGAGGAAAAACGGUUAACGAAGUCUGUGAUAUUUUAUCCGCCAUGAGUGGUGUAUUAACGUUUUACAUAAAUCCUUGUCAAAAUACGAGGACGAAUAAUUAUAAUACUAAAGAUGUACUCAUGUACGUUAAAGCUUUAUUCGAUUACGAUGCCGAAGACGACUCUUACGUGCCUUGCAAAGAGCUCGGUAUCAGUUUUCAAAAAGGUGAUAUAUUAAUUGUUAAAUCGCAAGAGGAUCCUAACUGGUGGCAAGCAUAUCGAUACGGAGAACACGAUCAUUCGCUGGCAGGAUUGAUCCCCAGUAAAACCUUCCAACAACAGAGAGAGGCGCUCAAACAGACAAUAGCUGGUGAAAGGAUCAAUAAAGAGAAAUCACGUAAAGCUGGAACUUUCUUAUGUGCCAAAAAAAAUUUAAAGAAGAAAAGAAAGAAGUCUCCUUAUCAUACGUAUCAAGAUGGUGGUUACCCUUUGUAUUCGUCAUCCAGUACUGAUGAAUACGACGGAGAAGAAAUACCAACGUACGAAGAAGUAAUAUGGUAUUAUCCAAGUAUGAAUCAUAAAAGGCCUAUCGUUUUAAUCGGUCCGCCAAAUAUUGGAAGACACGAAUUAAGACAAAGAUUAAUGGAAGAUUCUGAUCGUUUUGCCGCUGCAGUGCCACAUACCAGUAGAUCUAGAAAAGAAGGCGAAAUAGAUGGUCAGGAUUACCAUUUUAUUACUAGAAGUCAAUUCGAAGCGGAUAUAUUAGCUAGAAGAUUUGUAGAACAUGGCGAAUAUGAGAAAGCUUAUUACGGUACAUCUUUAGAAGCAAUUAGAGCAGUAGUAAAUUCUGGUAAAAUAUGCGUAUUGAAUUUACACGCUCAGUCAUUAAAAAUAUUACGUAGUUCAGAUCUAAUGCCAUAUGUAGUUUUCGUUGCUCCUCCUUCGUUAGAGAAAUUACGCCAGAAAAAAAUCAAAAACGGAGAAUCUUACAAAGAAGAAGAACUGAAAGAUAUAAUAGAAAAAGCUCGCGAAAUGGAAGAUAAAUACGGUCAUUAUUUCGACAUGAUAAUUAUAAAUAAUGAUACAGAAAGGGCUUAUCACGAGCUGCUUCACGAGAUAAACAAAGUCGAAAGAGAACCACAAUGGAUACCGGCAUCGUGGAUACGAGGGGGUCAUGUUCGAUUUGUCAACUCGCACAGAGCUUUUCGGUAGACCGUAGACGAAGCUGGAGCAAGCGAGACGAACGGAAAGGCGUACAGCGCUGCCAUGUGCAAGGUGCUAUAUAUUUUUAAAAAAUAAAUUUGUUUUAGAGAAUUUUUUUUUCAAAUUGCAUUUGUACUUGUUUUAUUUUCUUUUGUUUUUCUUCUUUUUCUUUUUCGUUUUUCGUCUUUAAAAAAUACCUACGUACACAUAUUUGAAUUUUUAAUCGGUACAUCACGAAUUUUUAUUCAUUUUUUUUUCCGCUUGUUUUAAUGUUUUUUCCAUCGACUUUGAAAAAUUUAUAGUUUUCCGGCAGAGUAAAAAUGAAAACAGAAGUAUUAAAAAUUUUAUAUUAUUUACGUGAUUAUUUUGAUAUUUUGCAAAAAAAGCUCUUCUUAUUUUAUAAGUCGAUAUUUUUAUCUUGUUACGUAUUCCAAAUACGAUCUAUAUAGUUUGACUUUAUUUUUGAAAGUGUAAGACUGGCUUUUAUUGUUAGUUUUUGUGGUAUUUUUUACUCAAAUGAAGUUGUAUGUUACAAAGGGUUAAAUUUUAUGCUUUUUAUUUACGUCGUCGUGUAUUUAUUUGUGGUAAAUAACCAAAUUAUGUUUACAGUAAAGUUUUGAAUAAAAAUUGUGAAUUUUGUAAAUAAUUAAUUCGUUCUUCCGUAAAUAUGUAAUAAGUAAAUACUAUAAUGCAUUUAUUAUAUACCAUUUGUAAAAUAUUUAUUUAAGAAAUUGUAGUUAUUUAUUUUUUUUUUAUUAUUUUAAAAUUUAUUUGUAUUGUGUAGAAAAAAAACAAAACAAAAAAAAAACAGAAAAAUUAAUACUCUUACGUUGAUUACACUGGGCAACGGUUUCGAAUUGGUUUUCUGUACUUGGGUUAAAAACAUGUUUAUUCCGUAUGUGUUGAGAUUUUGCGAUAAAAAAUUUCAAAAAUUAAGUUUGGAUUUUUUUGGGGAUCGUAAUAGAGAAUUUAAAAUUGCAAAUUCGUGUUUUAAUAAAAUUUAGCUAUUUAUUUUUUAAUUUUUACGAUCUCUAAUUCAUUUUUGUUUUUCAAAUAGAUAUUCUGAGAAAACUCCCCUUCCUCGCUGCUACUUGAGAGUGAGUAAAUGAAAAAUUUAAUAUUGAACAUGGUGGUAACCUCAGCUCAGAAAUUCUGUUGCCCAAUGUUAUAGAUCGAAUAAAGUGUUUUAAAAUUUCAGACUGCUCAAAUUGCAUAGAAGUUCUCUAUACAUAACAUUUAGUAAUAAUAUGUUUUGUGAUUUAUUAUUAUUAUAUAAAUAUUUAUUUGUUUGUAGUUCUCAUUAACGAAAAUAUGAAUAAAUAAUUUCAAAAAAUU